AUGGAUACAAGGAAACAACAAUAUAAAGUUACAAAUACCAAAGUUGAAUUACAAAAUGAAUUUGAACAAGAUUCCAUAAUAGAUCAUGUAGAAACUGAUACAAUGCUAAUGCAUACAAGUUCCCAAGAAACGAUGACGAUGGGUCUUAAUAGUCAAAAAGAUCAAUGGACCGAAAUGGAACAAUCUAUUCAAGCAAUUAAUCCUGUUCGUGUACAAGGUAUAGAUGUAGAUGAUGGUGAUAUGAUAUCGGUUAGUACCAUGGGUAUUGAUUAUGGUGAUGAUUCUGAAAUAGAAGAGAAAAUGUUUAAGAAAGUUCCUCAUCUCGCUGAGGAGGUGAUCAGUAAACUUGAAGAAGAAUUAUAUAGACAUGAUAUGGCUAUAAAGCAACUUGCACAAAAUCUUAAUAUUGAUGUCUUGUGGGUUCAGAAAUACAUGAAUGAUCAUCAUGAAACUGUUACGAGUAAUAAUCGUAAACGAAGAAAAUCGGGUUAUAAUGUUUUCCAAGCCACCGAAUGGUGGCCAAAUCAUAAAGAAGAAUUUAAUUCUUCUUUUGGUGCUGAAUCUAAUAGAGCUUGUGCGAUUGCUUGGAAAUCCCUCUUAGAAUCUGAUAAACAAAAAUAUGAAGAAAUGGCUGCUUUAGAUAAUGAAAAGAUGAAAGAAGUUCAAUUGAAAUAUAUUGAAAAUUCAAGGAAACGUCAUACCCAAGUGCAAUCCGACAUAAACAAUAUAAAAACCACGAUUCGCUGCAUGGAAAAAAAGUGCGGUGUAGAAGUGGCCAUGUUUGUUGCUCCUAAUAGAAGUGACGAUUCAUUUUCUUCACGUUUUAUUGGUUCAAGUGGCGGUGAGGCAUUUUUCAGCGCUAGUCCUGAAAUGUGCCCUUUAUUAGAUAAAUUUGAAAUUUAUACAAAGAAUCGUUACCUUGAACAAACUGGACAAAUAGUUAUACCACCAGCUAAGAGAGUUAAGAGGGAACCUUCUAUUACAAAUUCCACUUCAAAAUCACAAAGAUCAUCUAAUGAAUCACCUCAUAGUCCAAUUGCUGUUAGUAGUACUCACAGAAAUAUUAAUUCUGCUGACGUUAAAGCAAGAGUUCGAGCUAUUUUACGUGCACGUUAUAAUAGCGCUCUUGGUACGGAAGGUUUAAUUAUCCCCUAUAAAAAAUGGAAAGAUCAUCAAGGUGAAAUAGAAGUUAUAGGGUGGCCUGAAGAUGUACCAUUUGAUGAUUUUGGAUAA